AUGUCCAUGUCCGAGGAAACAACGCGGCCGACAUUUCCCUGGCGCAAACGAGGUCUCGUCUCCUACGGGCUACCCUUCCCAGAGCUUGUGUCGCGCCAUGUCAACCGACUGCACAAGGAACGCGUCUUUAUUGUCGUUUCAGGCUCCCUGGCCCAACAUACGGACUGUCUCUCGAGGCUCGAGAAGGCGCUGGGAUCGAAAAUCGUGGCCAAGCAGAUUGGGUUUCCCAGUCAUACGCCGUGGACUCAUGUUCUGGAAUUAGCAAGAGAAAUCAAAAACUCCGCCGCUGAUAUCGUGGUGACAUUGGGCGGCGGCUCAAUCACGGACGGUGUCAAGCUCGCUGGACUCAGUCUCGCCAAUGAUCUCAAGACUCUCGAAGAGCUAGGCGCCAUGAGUGACAAGCUCAAGGCGGUGAUGCUGCACGAUAUCGACUACAAGUACAACACGUCAACGGACCCGCCGGAUGUCAAGGCUCCGCCUUUCACGAUGAUCAAUGUCCCUACGACGCUCUCUGCGGGAGAGUACUCACCUUACGCAGGUGGCAUAGAUGCAACGGACGGUGUUAAGAAGAUAUUCGUGCUACAAGGUUUAUUCGCUGAUGUGGUGAUUCUUGACCCGGAGCUUGCUCAAAACGCGCCCGAGUGGGUGUGGAUGAGCUCUGGUGUACGAUCUAUUGACCACUGCGUCGAGUUGCUGGCUUCAUUGAACCCCGAUAUCGAAGUCGAGACGGAGAAUGCAGCAAAGAAAGGACUGGUGCUGGUUGCGAGGGGCUUGUUGAAAUUGAGAAGAGAUCCGAAAGAUUUACAAGCGAGGUUGGAUACGCAGUUUGGAUCGAAUUAUGCUAUGGACGGUCUCUGCAGGGGCGUCCAUCUCGGUGGUUCACACGCAAUCGGCCACGAGCUCGGCACUAUGAAUGUCGCUCACGGACACACCUCAUGCGUUCUAUGCCCGACCGUGAUGAAGUAUAACGCAGUCGUCAACGCGAGUCGCCAGCAACUUGCGCUUGACGCCUUGUGGUCUGAUGCGUAUAUUCGUCAGAUCCUCGAAUCUCGUGGACUGAGGCAAUCAAAGGCCGACCUAGGAGACGUCCUUGAUGGUUUAUUCCGUGAUUUUGGCAUGCCCAGAACGCUAAAAGAAGUAGGUGUCGAAGGCGAGGAGACAUUGCAGCUACUGGCAGAGAGAAGCUUGGAGGAUAUGUGGUGCAGAACAAAUCCUGUACCACUCACAACAACGGCACAGAUCUUGGAGGUUCUAAGGACUGUGGAGCGAUGA